AUGAGCGGCUCCUUCGGCUUCAGCGCGUACGACGACUUCCUGCAGACGCAGCCGUCGGCGGCCUCGCAGGCCUCGCAGAGCUUCCCGCUCACGCAGGCGUCGCAGUCGCAGUCGCAGCCCGCGACGGCGUCGCCCUACGCCUUCGUGGACCCGUCCGAGCCGAGCGAGCAGGGCGCCGACGCCUUUUACGACCAAUACCAGGCCAGCUCGACGUCCUUUUUCGACCAAUCAAGCGUCGCGGAUGACGUGGCCAGCAGCACCUUCCAGAGCCAGCUGGACGACGGUGCCGGCAGCCUCGCGGGGGACUUCCAGAGCCUCGCGUUCGACGAGGCCGCGGACGAGGACGCGCUCGACUACACGGCGCGCGAGCUGCCGCCCCACGCGUGCGCGUACUGCGGGCUGCACGACCCGGCGUCCGUGGUCAAGUGCGUGGCCAGCGACAAGUGGUUCUGCAACUCGCGCGGCAACACGAGCGGCUCGCACAUCAUCCAGCACCUGGUGCGCAGCAAGAACAAGGAGGUGUCGCUGCACCCGGAGUCCCCUCUGGGCGAGACCGUGCUCGAGUGCUACAACUGCGGCUGCCGCAAUGCCUUCCUGCUGGGCUUCAUCCCGGCCAAGCAGGACUCGGUCGUCGUGCUGCUGUGCCGCGACCCGUGUCUGCAGAUGAACGCGCUCAAGGACAUGAGCUGGGACAUGAGCCAGUGGCUGCCGAUCAUCGAGGACCGCAGCUUCCUGCCGUGGCUCGUCAAGGUGCCGUCCGAGCACGAGCAGCUGCGCGCGCGCCAGAUCACGUCCAGCCAGAUCGCCAAGCUCGAGGAGCUCUGGCGCGACAACCCGCUGGCCACCGUGGAGGACCUGGACCGGCCGGGCAUCGACGAUGAGCCCAUCAAGGUCGCGGACACGUACGACGACGGCUACCAGUACCAGAACAUCUUCGGCCCGCUGGUCAAGAUGGAGUCGGACUACGACAAGAAGAUGAAGGAGUCCCAGACGCAGGAGGGGGUCAUGGUGCGCUGGGACACGGGCCUCAACAAGAAGCGCAACGCCAUCUUCACGUGCUCGAGGCCGGACUCGGACCUGCGACUGGUGCCUGGAGACGAGAUCCGACUGCGGCUC